AUGCAUUUUUCACCUUCUUUCUUGGUGCUUCUGGCAAGCGCCACUUCCGUCCUCACAGAACCAAGCAUCUCAUCUUUCCCAAACUCCCUGACCCUCUCAUCGCCUUUCGAUCCCAUCAAAGCCGCGUACUGGACAGGCCUUCCUCACCACCGACGCACUCCCUUCGCUGUCUCUCCAGAUGGAAAGUCAGCUUACCUGGCCUACCUGGACUCUACUUUGGAGAAUAUUGUUGUUCAGCAAGUCGAUACUACGACCUUCACGGCCGUAGGGACUGCCGUGACGGUAAAAGGAUAUGAAGCAGCCGGACUGGUGGCACAGGAUGAUGGGUUUGCAUUGAUGGCUACCAUUGAUGCUUCCGGAACCACUGAUCUUCCGACUGACAACAUGCCCAUCGUCGCUGUGAUCAGAUUUAAGAACGGCGCUGAAGCUUGGAGAACGCCGAUGAACGGCCCAGGUGUCCAUCCUGACGAGGGUCUGUCAGCUACCCCAGAUGCCAAUGGAGAUUUGGUCUACUCCGCAGAAAGUGGGCUUUAUGCAGCCUAUUUCGUGGUCACCUCCUACACGGGACCCGGCGCCGGCCACUUCGCAGACAGCAUCCAGUACGUUGACGAUUCCGGAGCUCUUCAAGUUAUCGACUCGAGCAGCACCUUCGGAUGCUCGCACAACACAGGUAUUGGGCUUGAAGCCGCCGAUGCACCACCAUUCGCCAGUGUCUGUGCCGAAGACCAAGGGGCUAUCUGGCUCAACACGGAAACGCGCACCAUGAGCGGCCUCAAGAUCUCCAACGAGAAUACGACCAACGGAUCGAGCGGUGAACCCAUGGGAGGCAUGUCUGGUUCCUAUUCCAACCUUGCACUAUUCCCAUCAUCCACCAACUACAUCUUCGCGUGGGCAUCACGCGGAGCCAUAGACUUGACUCUCAAUGACUGGCUUGGGGCCCCAAAUACCCGUGCCAGCCCAAGAUGGUUGAACCGCAACGUUGCUAUCUCCACCAUGUCUAGCAAGAACGCGCUUACUGGCGAAGAAGCAACCUCAACUGUUGGGGCUGCUGAUGGAGACACGCAGGUCAACUGGAUUACUAAAUCCGAAACUGAAGACCACCAAAACGUCCACGUCGCUGCUAUCAGCUCUUCGCUUGCCCUGGUUACCUGGGAGACUCUCAGCAACCCUACUUGUGAACCUUUACCACUCUCCUGCACUGGUACCUACGCCGGAACAUCUUUUCAAGUCGUCGAUAACACUGGAGCGAAGGUCGGAGAUGCGGUCGUAGACAAUGCGGUCUUCGUCAGCGGAGAUAUAGCCAAUGUUGGGACUGAUAGAGUCUGCUGGCCAUAUGUCGACAUGGUCUGGGAUUUGAGCGCACCAAAAGACUCGGGGACCCCAGUAACAACGAUGAGCUUUGCUUGUGCUUCUACUACUGGAGGUGGAAGUACCACUCCACCAAACUACUCCACUGGCUCGCCCGAUGCAGUUCCUCCUUCUACUUCCGAAUCUGCCCCCGCAAUCUCAAACCCCGCCGUCGUACCCGACAGUACUAUUGAAAGACCAUACGUGCCGACAAAUCCCGGCGAUGAAAAUGAACCCGCUUUCCCCGGCGAAUAUAAGGACGGAAAAUUGCCGUCAAAUGCUGGCAAAUUGCCAGCUGAAGGCACCAAUCCAUGGUUUGGGGGAGGAGACGAGUCUCCUGAAGCGUACCCGACCAAUCUCCCCUCAGGAUACCCAACCGAUUUCUCAAAAGACUCUAAAGGGCCCUCUGGUUUCCCCUCAGGAUACCCAACCGAUUUCUCAAAAGACUCUAAAGGGCCCUCUGGUUUCCCAGGAUUCCCAACCGAUUUCACAAAAGCCUAUAAAGAGCCCCCGACUGGUUCCCCCCCGGGAUACCCAACUGACUUCUCAGACGGCUGGUUUACUCGAUGGAAAAAAGAACACUGGGGAAAUAAGAACAUGUCCCCAGAUAAUAUGCCGAUGACCUUAACGACUGUCGUGAGGCCUGCUCCUACGAAUUUUCCUCUGUCUGACCUUGAAAAAGUUGAUAAUCCUGUUCUCGCUUCUGAUGUUGCACUUACGUCUCUGGGGGAGAUGGCUGCUACCGAUUGGGAUCGCAUCGGAGAGAUUCGCGGUGGCAUUCCUGCUCCGAAGAAGCAGUUUGAUGGACCGAAGAGUUUGUAUCCAGAGGAGCCUUUGCGACGCUGCCAGGAGUGGACACGAGAAGCAAUACAGGCUUGGACUGCCGCUGGGGCUCUUCAUACUGAUAGUAAUACUGCAUCUGCCGACUAUGACGAUUACUGUAGUGGAGAGCAUAAUCAGUACUGUCACGACAACGGUGACGGGGCUUAUGAGUGGGCAGGCGAGCGGCCGUCAUCUAAGGAAAAGGGUAGAGCGAGAUAG